GACCAUUUAGACCAUAGACCCGUGAACGAAAUGUAAAGCGAGAGACGCUGGAUCCGGCGAAGAAAUCAGUCAUUGACUUUGACAGAAUUUCCAGAUGAAAGAAUUCUAGGCUUGCUUUCUGUAAAUACAGGCAGUGAUGUCUUCUAACAUGUGCACAAGACUUAUGUGCCAUGUUCGCAGUGGCACACUGUCUGUCUGUUUCUCAGCUGGCUGGUAUGCUCGCUGUUCCUCAUCCUGCCAUUAUAAAGUUUUGCACUCCCAGGCCCGGGCCUACUCCUCUCAUGGUAGGAGGUCAGAUGGUGACUCAAGCCAAGGCAGAAUGCAAGGACUGUCUACUCCUGUACCAGAACUGGACUUCCAGUUGAGCAGGCUGCAGAUUGAUGGAGUACUCCGUGCUAAUGAGCAAUCUGUGCGUAUUCCAGAGUUUGACAGGCGUGGUGGUCCAAGCCCUGUGCUGAAGUUUGAGAGUAAUCAACUUGCAGCCAAUUCGCCAUUAGAGGACAGGCGCAGCACUGCCACUUGCUUGCAAACUAGGGGCAUGUUAUUUGGUGUGUUUGAUGGUCACGGUGGCCAUGCAUGUGCUCAGGUUGUUAGCGAGCGGCUGCAUUAUUAUAUUGCUGUGGCAAUGAUGUCAGAGUCUGGCUUGGAAGACCUGGAAGCUGCAAUGGAGACCCUACGCCCUGUGCCACCGAUCCUGCAGUGGUACAAACACCACAAUGACUAUAACUACCGUGAGUCUGCGUCUCUGUAUGUCAAUCACUUGCGCGUUUACUGGCAGGAGCUGCUUGCGAGUGAAGAACAUGGUGAUGGAAUGAGCACAAGUGAAGCCCUUAGUUAUGCUUUUCAGCGCUUGGACACGGAUCUCUCCUUGGAGGCUCAGGUUCCACUGGCGAAUGAUCUUAUGCAUAACACGGCUGUCCAGGCUGCUUUUGCAGGCUGCACAGCAUGUGUUGCUCACGUGGGACCUGACAGCAUAUAUGUGGCGAAUGCUGGAGACUGUCGGGCUGUGUUGGGGGUCCAAGAGAGUGAUGGGAGUUGGAGUGCUCUGCCUCUUUCGCAGGACCACAAUGCUGCCAACACAGCUGAACUACAGCGUGUGCAUUCACAGCACCCAUCAAGUGAGCACCAAACGGUCAUCGUAGAUGAUAGGCUACUGGGGGUACUAAUGCCAUUGCGUGCAUUUGGGGACGUUCGUUUUAAGUGGAGUCGUGAGCUGCAGCAGAGCGUGCUGGAGAGCGGAGGCUGUGACUUGGAGGCACUGAACCUCUAUCAGUACACUCCGCCAAACUACCUCACACCACCUUACCUAGAGGCCACACCAGAGGUCACCUAUCACCGUCUUCGGCCACAGGACCGUUUUAUGAUCCUGGCGUCGGAUGGUUUGUGGGAUGAACUGGACAAUGAGGAGGCAGUCAGGCUGGUGGCAGAACACUUGACAGGCAUUCACUUGCAGGCACCAGUCUCUGCUAGCCAGCGGCAAAUUAGUCUGGGACAGAUGCACCAGUUGUUGCUACGGCGACGAGCACGUGCAACACCGGCCCUUGACCUGAAUGCAGCCACGCAUCUGAUUCGCCAUGCUCUUGGUACUAAUGAGUACGGAGAGAUGGACCAGGAGAGGCUGGCAGCCAUGCUUGCACUGCCAGAUGACCUGGCACGCAUGUAUCGAGACGACAUUACAGUCACUGUGGUAUAUUUUAACUCCAGUCUAAACAAACAAUCCCGGAAUAAUUAGUAUAUUUAUGAAGUCCAUUGAUUUAAAAUUCACAUCGAUCAUGUCAGUUUAAUGUCUGCAAAUGAAAUAAUGUGACUUGAGUAAUGUUUGUAGUAAAUAUAAGCAUAUGUUUCCUGUUAUGUCAUUUCCUGGUAUGUUCAGUGUUCCUCUGUGUUCUGUUGUGAGUGUUUAGGUUGCUGUUUUAUCAUGUACACCAAUACAUCAAGUCAUAAUAUAUGCCAUGGGUUUGUUUGAGCCAGUUGUUCCUUUUUAUAUACAUUCCUUAUGUAAACUCUGACUGAAAGGGGGCUGGAUUUGCCCUGAACAACAGCUGUCACUUUAAACCCUUGUUUUGUUUUUUUUUAAUUUGUUGUCUGUGAUAAUGGGACCUUGUAAAAAAAAAAAAAAAUUAAGAGAUGUAUAUUCUUAGAGCAUAUGUGUUUAAUUUGUGGGUGAAAGUUUACAUGGUCUCUAUAACCACACUAAUUCUGUUUACUUUACUGGACCUUUCCCAAGAAGAUGUUUUCACUUUGUACUUUAGUGAAAGCUCACUGUAUGAUACUGUAUGUUUGUAGCCAAAACAAAAUGCUAAUUAUCAGUUGGUAAUUUGAUAGUGGUCAUAGUUAUUAUCAUCUUUUAUUGGUACAGGUCAUAUUUUAUGCUGUGAACUUGUGACAUUCUUUCCAGUUUGCUAAUAGUAGAAUGAUAUAUUGUUUAUGAAUUUGCACGACUCAAGAGUGUUCAGUGAAGGUAUUUAUUCAGUUAAUUUUUUAACUAAUUCCAAGUGUGUUUGUUUUUUUAUAUGGUAGCUUUUCUUUUUUUCUUAUCUUAACCAUCAACUAUUUUUAAACCCACAUCCCUAUUCAUGCAAGAUUUGCCUUUCUGGUAAUUAAAGAAUUUUUAUCACAUCUA